AUGUCGCGUCCCGAAGUCAGCAGAACCGCCUCUACAAACCUCUCCAGCGGCCCCGGCCUGCGCCAGCUGGAUGGCAAGCUCGCCGUCGUCACCGGUGCCUCGCGAGGCAUCGGUGCCGCAAUCUGUACCAACCUCGCCAGCAAAGGCGCGUCGCUCGUCAUGAACUACACGUCCGACAAGUCGGCCGGCCCGACCCAAGAGCUCGCCACCCAGCUUGAGAACACAUACGGUAUCCGCACCACGAUCGUGCAAGCCGAUAUGGGCAGCGAAAAGGGCCCCGCGCACGUCAUCGACGUGGCCAAGAACCACUUCUCGCACCCCAAGACGGGCAAGUUCCAGAUCGACAUCAUCAUCAACAACGCCGGCGUCGCCGGUAACCAGACUAUCGCUCAGACGGAGGUGAAGCACUUCGAGUGGCUGUUCAACGUCAACGUGCGCGGCCCGCUGCUGCUCAUGCAGGCCGCCGAACAAUACUUGCCGCACGACCGCUCCGGCCGCGUCGUCAACCUGUCGUCCGUCUCGUCGUCGCUCGGCUUCGUCGGCCAGAGCAUCUACGGCGGCACCAAGGCCGCCCUCGAGUCCAUGACGCGCACCUGGGCCCGCGAGCUGUCGGAGCGUGCGACGGUCAAUGCUGUCAACCCCGGCCCUGUCGCUACGGAUAUGUACGCCGGCAAUGGCGAGGAAUUCUUCACCAUGAUCAACCCGUGGUUGAAGAACACCCCGCUGGCGCCCGUGAGGGAGGGUGUGGAUCGCGACGACUUUGUUCAGGCGGCACCGAAGGCUGGUGGAAGGCCGGCAUAUGAGGAGGAGAUUGCCGGCGUCGUCGGCAUGCUGUGCAGCCCGGAAGCCAGUUGGAGCACCGGAAGCGUCGUCUGCGCCAACGGAGGCAUGCGCUUCAGCCCUUGA